AUGACGACUGGAUAUCAUAAGCCACAACUUCAUUCACACGAUGACCUCUUCGUCUUGUUUAUACACACGAACCACCAGCUUACUCCUUAUAUUCUGUAUACAACUCUUUCUGAUUGUUUACGCCGCCGGCAACACUAACUUCUACAAUGAUUUCGACAUCACUUGGGGUGGUGGCCGUGGUAAGAUCAUCGGCGCCGGCGACAUUCUUACUCUUUCUCUCGAUAGAGUCUCCGGGUCAGGCUUCCAGUCGAAGAAGGAGUAUCUGUUUGGGAGAAUCGACAUGCAACUGAAGCUUGUUCCAGGGAACUCCGCCGGAACUGUCACCGCUUACUAUUUGUCAUCACAAGGUGCGAAUCACGAUGAAAUAGACUUUGAGUUCUUGGGAAACGUGAGUGGCGAACCAUAUACACUUCACACCAACGUCUACGCCCAAGGCAAAGGUGAUAGAGAGCAACAAUUUCGAAUGUGGUUCGAUCCAACUUCCAAUUUCCACACUUAUUCCAUCAUUUGGACUCCUCAAACCAUUGUUUUUCUUGUAGAUGAAACACCCAUAAGGGAAUUCAAGAAUAUGGAAGCCAUUGGUGUUCCAUUUCCAAAACACCAACCGAUGAGGCUGUAUUCAAGCUUGUGGAAUGCCGACGAGUGGGCAACUAGAGGUGGGCUAGUGAAAACUGACUGGACUAAAGCUCCAUUCACAGCUUCAUAUCGCAACUUCAAUGUUAAAACUGGUGCACUUUUGCAAUGGGGUAUGACCCAUAGCCAGAAACUGAAGUGGGUUAAAGACAAUCAUAUGAUCUAUAACUAUUGUAACGAUGCUAAGCGAUUUCCUCAAGGCUUUCCACCGGAAUGUAGGGUUACUGGUUCUCACUAGAGUACUUUCUCUUUAAACAAUCGAUGACACUUGGAUACAUAAAUAUAACAAAAUAUAUGAAUAAUGGUUGUGGAGUUGAACGAUGAUUUGUUAUGUGUUACAAAAGUGUAAUUUAUGGUAUGUAAAGUGUGGAAAUAUAUAAUUUUGUUAAAAGAA